CCCUAUGGUCAAAUUCGAUACCGUAGACUUCGACAACAUUUAAUUAACCCGAUUUCCGUUAAGCGUCCAAUACAUGGUCGCACAGUUUUUCCGACCUAAUGCCGCUAGAUGUGUUUCUUUAAUAUUUGAAAGUGUUGUAUAGGUACAAAACGAACUCUUCAACAAUUGGUGAAUCAAAGUAGAGAAUGAAUAACCUAUUUGCUAAACUACACCAUCAUUUGAUUAAAAAAAUUGUUAAAAAUUGUCCGAUAGAUGCCUUAACAAGGCUAUAUUCUUACGUGAAAAAAAAAAAUAUUAAAAUACUAUAUGACAAAAGCCCAACCCACUUUAGGUACUGGUUCCCCUGAUAAGUUCGUUUCUUCAGUCUUGUCAUUUUGUGGAUUACAAACAUUUUCGAACCAUAUUACACUGCUCUAGUGGCAUCAAAUUAACAAGAUGAUCUUCUUGAAAUGAGAGUCAGCAUGUCGCGGUCACCUGGAAAACGUUAAUCAUGGUUUAUUGUCAAUUAUCCCUUAACUGCAUCACCAAUCAUGAUCAAACGCAACCGAAACUGAUCUUGAUUACCUUUUAGAAGCUGAUUGGAAGCUAAGACAGACAUCUUCAAGUAAUAAUAGGCCUCUUUGCGCAUGUACCAUUAUCGCGAUCGUAAAAAUGGUUACAACUCUUCUGAGUUAUAACUUUUAUUAUCGUUAAAACAAAGGAGCUUUUUUUUGAAUUAUAAGUUAAAUAACUCCCGAUGGGUCAUACAGGCAGCAUAUUUCAUCGUUUCAAACUUAAGCCUGCAAUUAAGCUGUGCAAUCAUAGCUCAGACUCAGGAAGCGCAACGUUAACGUUUAAUAGCCGCAAUUUCAUUGUCAGAGUGUAAACAAAUCAUGCGUCACCUAGAACUCUUUUCUCAAAAACAAGCCAAAUCAGACACAAAAAAGACACCAACUUAUCUGGGGACCUAAUAAUUUUCGUGUAACUCACGUCCGCACCUAUGUCAAUCAAUCAUUUAACGGUUGACGUAUUUGUCUUCGACUCAAUGCAGACAAAAAAUAUCAUUAAAAAAAGCCUUCCCUUUUGUUAUUUGGUCAUAUAGGAUUGACCUUAUAGUUUAUAUUAUAGGCCUCUUAUUUACUAAUAGACUGCUUUGCUUUGCCAAAAAUUAUUUUGUACGGAGUGUAAUAAACCUGUUUUAGUUUACACAAAUUGUGUAUAAUUGCUACAUGUUAUAGCGCGUCCAACCGGCUAUGCUUAAUAUCAAAUAGUAAGUUGUUAAAUCAAUCAAAAAUCAUCAAGCAUUGAUUCAAUGUAAAAGUGAAGUACUUGUAUAUGUGUAAAACACUAAAAUUGUAUGCAAAAUACACAUUGCAAAGAAACCGGGUUUCGCGAUUGUGAAUUUUCGCGCCAUAAUGUUUAAAGCGAUUAUUAUAACGAUGAUUUUGUUGACAAACAUUCAAAAAACACGUGCGUACCGCGUUAGUUCAAGAAGUUGUUGGUCGAAUCAUUAUAGACAUUGUUAAAUUGCUACCGAUUGCAUAGCCCUAUGAAAAUGAAUGUUCUACAGGAGACUUUGGAAAAGAAUGUGAGCGACUUUAUGGCAGAUCACUCAGAGAUAGAGUGUGCAAAAGCAGUAGUGAACGGAUUAAAAUCGAAAACAGAUCAACAGCUGAUUCCACUCAUCGUCCAAACCAAUAAGAUUUUCAGCCAAGUGUUUUUAUCGGAACAGAAUUUCUUCAGUCCCACCUUUGAAGCACCUCUGAAAACUGUGUUCGCUGCGGCAUGGGCAAAUCUCCUAGAUAUCUUAGCGGAAUCAAGGAUCUCUGCGGAUCUGGCCCUACAAACACUACUGAAAUGGCUAGAGAUCGAAACAAUCAAGGGAUCGAACGACGAAUUAUAUGUAUUUCCAGAGUGCCAUCUAGAAAAUCUUCUCGUUGUGCUGUGCGGAGGGAAUGCAAAUAUGAGCCGGUAUACCGACAAGCUCGUAAAUAAGAUGCAAGCAUUUGAUGAUCUCAAUUACUAUGUUUGUAAGGCCUUAUCGCGAAUAAGCGAGAAGUUCGCUAAGCCAACCACUGAUCAAGCCAUCUGGAAUUACUUCGGUAUUAUCAAAGCUGUUCGAGUAAGAAACAAAGUUUCUGGCGACAAGGUUUUACCUGCAUUUGGUGGCUUGGAAAAUUUUCCUUUCGAUUACAAAAAGUUGCAGACAUAUUACCAGUAUGCAUGGAUCAAUUUUCUGCGUGCCUCAUUACCAGAAAAGAUGUACAUACACGUUUUAGUUUUGUUAGACGACAAAAAAGUGUCGCUUUUUAAAAAUCCUUGCCUUUUGGCUGAUUUCCUAAUUGAGAGCUAUAACAAGGGUGGAGCUGUGGCUCUUCUCGCUUUAAAUGGACUCUUUACACUUAUUCACAAAUAUAACCUUGAGCUCCCCGACUUCUAUUCUCGUCUGUAUGCCCUGUUCAGGGCUGAAGUUUUCUACACAAAGUACCGCGCAAGAUUUUUCUUCUUAGCUGAUGUGUUUCUUACGUCAACUCAUCUUCCCGCCUAUCUCGUUGCUGCUUUCGCUAAAAAGAUGUCUCGUCUUUGCCUCACAGCCCCGGCCUACUCGCAGAUGCACGUUAUCCCGUUUAUUGGAAACUUGAUUAUAAGACAUGCCACGCUUGGAAGAAUGGUUCACUGCGAAGAUGUCAAGGAUUUGAGCAUGGAUCCGUUUAUUGAAACUGAGACCGAUCCUGCUAAGUCGCGCGCGCUGGAAAGCUCUCUUUGGGAACUCAAAACUCUACAGUCUCAUUGGUUCCACCGUGCGGCUGCAAAGGCCCGUAUUAUCGAUAAUCCAUUUCCAAAAAUCGAAUGGGACCUCUCUGAUGUGUUGGAAGCAGAUUACCCGCAGCUAUUUGAACAGGCUGUCAAGGAGAAGUACAAGGGGGUUGUUCCCAUUAAUUAUCAUAAACCAAAAGGCCUUCUUCAGCAUGCUGACGAUCGGAUGUCCACUACAUGGAUUCUUGAAUAAGAAAAGCAUUUUUUAACGUUUAAAGAACGAUAUCCUCUGUAAGUUGUGUAGAAAAGCACUCUAAUGGUACAAGCACUGGUAUAACUGAUAUAUAUAUAUAUAAAUAUGUAUAAAUUAAUAGGUCACUUAGUCUCAUGUGACCUACUAAUAAACAUCUUGUCAUGGUGAUGCUUUCUCAUUCCACAGACUUUGUUGAAUACAUAGUAGUGUGUAAGAAAUAAAAAAAAUAAAA